CACACACACUAGAUGCCUCAUCAUCACAUUGUAGCCUAGUUUAUCCCUUUUUUGCGUCUGAACUGCAGACAGUUUGAGGAGCCGGUAUAGCAUUAUGGAGCACAUGUCGUCUCCGGUCAGGUUCCGCAGCAGUAACAGAGCGGAAACUUUCCCAGAAAAAGAGUUUUCCAGUCUGUCCAUUGAGGACCAGGAGGUCACUCAAUUUCCUUACGCCAUGAGGGAUAUACAUCCCGUCUCUCAGCCUGGCCAACAGCCCCAGGCACCAGUUCACCGUGAGGCAGAGGAUACUGGGACAGCAACCAACGGGGCACUCCCCAGCCUCCCCGGGACUCCCUGUCUGCCUCGUCCCAUCGCCUGCCACCAUGCUGGCUCUCCGACAGUCCCAAAUAGACCAAGUCGUGUGGGACCAGACACAGAGUUUCAACCCCUGCCGCUGAGGAGGCAGCUCGUCUCUCAGGUGUCCAUGGAUUGUCUACUCAGCCCGGCCUCACGUCCACACAGCCCCUGGGGACGCUUUGACCCCUAUUCUCCAGAGGAUCAGGACAAGGAGUAUGUGGGUUUUGCCACAUUGCCCAACCAGGUUCAUAGAAAGACAGUGAAGAAAGGUUUCACAUUUACGAUUAUGGUAGCAGGGGUGUCUGGCCUUGGUAAAUCCACACUAAUCAACACUUUGUUCCUCACGGACCUCUACAAAGACAGGAAGGUUCCCAAUGCGCAAGAACAGAUCAAUCAAACAGUCAACAUCGUCAAACACACAAUUAGCAUUGAAGAGAAAGGAAUCAAAUUGAGGCUCACCAUCAUAGACACACCAGGCUUUGGAGACGCCGUCGAUAACACAGAAAGCUGGAAGCCAAUAGAAGACUACAUCGACCAGCAGUUUGAACAGUACUUCAGAGAUGAAAGCGGUCUGAACAGAAGGAACAUCCAGGACAACAGAGUCCACUGCUGCCUCUACUUUAUCUCUCCAUUUGGCCAUGGUCUUCGACCUCUGGAUGUGGCGUGUAUGAAGGCCUUGCAAGAGAAAGUCAACAUAGUUCCUGUCGUGGCCAAAGCUGACAGCCUGACACAAGCAGAGGUCUACAGAAAGAAGAUGAAGAUCAGAGAGGAGAUCAAGCAGUAUGGGAUCAACAUCUACCAGUUUCCUGAGUGUGAUUCAGAUGAGGACGAAGACUUUAAAAACCAGGACCAGAUACUCAAGGACAGCAUCCCGUUUGCAGUUAUUGGGAGUAAUGUUCAGGUGGAGAGUGAAGGCCACAAGUUCAGGGGUCGUGUCUAUCCCUGGGGUUUAGUAGAAGUGGAGAACCCGGCUCACUCUGACUUCCUGCUACUGAGGAACAUGCUGAUGAGGACGCACAUGCAGGAUCUGAAGGACGUGACGGGGGAGACGCAUUAUGAGAAUUACAGAGCCCAGUGCAUACAAAAUAUGACGCGCAUGGUGGUGCAGAAGAGGAAACGCAGUUUGCGUGAGAAGCAUCUAGAGCAGAGCGAGGCAGAUUUUCCUCUGCCGCUGGCUGCUGGCGACACUGAGACCGAAAGACUCAUCUUUGAGAAAGACGAAGAGCUAAGGAGGAUGCAGGAGGUGCUGGAGAGGGUUCACGAGCACAUGCAGCACAGCCAGAGAGGUGGUUUCUGAUUCUCCCAUAAUUCCCUGGAAGAGGAGUAAAUACAAGGAGCGCCCAGGAAGACAGAGGAUGCCCCCUUUAUUAUGAAUGACAAGCAAAAAGAGAUGGAACUUGUAUGAAAAGGAAAGUAGCAACAUUGAGGCCCUUGUCUGAUUGCUGUUCCCCAGGACAACUCGUGAGAGCGAGGCUGGAAUCAUGGUUCUCCGACGAUACACAUACCCGUUUCUGUGGGUCUACGCAGAAAAUGGUGUUGAGGAUAAUUCCAAGUUGCCCAGGCUUGAAAUGGGGCAAUCACUCCAAAAUUUAACAAUGCAGACCCGAGAGUCAAGCGAGCCGAUUGGCUGAUCCAACUCCUGUCAGAAGGCUGAUUGGAACAGCAAAAGAAAGAAACAAAUGAACUUUACACUCAAACUCUGUACAAGUAUAAAAGACGCAGCCACGCAAACUCCCGCGUCUGCUUACGUGCAGCCAAGAGAUGCAUGUACCAGCCUUAAGCCGUCACAGAUGAGGUGUUGUGUUCAAGAGCACUUCAGCAGGUCACACUGGCUCAUUACUUCAUCCGAAGCCAGAGUUACUCUGCUUCUACAAUUAACUACUUUUAUUCCAUUAGUUUUAUUAAUGAGUUUCAGAACAGCUCAUUGAUUAGGAACCUUGAUAAGGAUGUAACGCUGUCAUCUAGGGAUCAUUGUAGUGAUGUUAAAGUUGGGUUUACAUUUUUAAACUACAUUUUUCAUGUCUUAUUACUUGUGAGUCAACUGUGUUUUUAUUUUUAUGUAUUUUUAAUCUUUAAUUUUGCUGUUUCGUAAGGACAAUAUAGUGAAAAAUAUCAAUAAAAAAGCUUUCUAA